UGUGAUGAAAUUUGUUAAGGACGAAAUAGGGUGAUUUAAAUUCUACAAUAUGUAUUAAGAUCUUUCAAUAAGAAAAACUCUGCUACUAAUGUUACGUUGGAAGGUUAUCGUUUAAGAGCGUCAAGAGGAGAGUCCAAGAGGAGAGGAUUAUCGAUUUAUAAUUCGGAAAGGAGACAAAAGAGUACCGGAUACAUCUAUUAAAACAAAAUGAAGUCAGGAGAGUUUUUUAAAGUUAAUGUGAAGUUGCUUCGUUUUAAGGCACAUUAUUUUGUUUUCUAUGGAGCCCUCAGUGGAGUUUUUCCUUUCGUCCCAGUUUUCGCAAAGCAACUUGGAAUCCAUGCUGCUGCUUUUGGACUAAUUUACUCGAUCCUUCCAUUCUGUUCAUUUAUCUCUAAACCAUUUUUCGGAUUUCUCGCGGACUAUUUUCAAAACAUCAAAGUAUUUUUGGUAACGCUCAUUAUCUUGAUAUCUGUAACACUCAUGUCUUUACUGCUUAUACCACCAAUCGAAGAUGGCUCAAGAGACACCUCGCGUGUCAAAUUGGAACUGAAAAAACAUGGGUUUGAGAUGAGCUCUGAAAAUGAUCGUAAUGCGUCGUGCAUCAAUAUGGGUUCAAAAUCGGCAAUGACAUGUGACCUUUAUUCGGGUCAAUGGAACGAAUCUGAAUGGCAACAGCUGCCUUGCAGAACUCUACUAAAAUGGUCUCGAGACUGCACUACACAGCAAUCUUCAGAUGACACUGUGAAAGUAUUAGUGGAAUUGAACCCUGAAAUUAACAGUCCCAAACCAAUCUCAAACAAAACUCUAACACUUUCUUUUCUUGACGAGAAAUUAAGUGACUUCAACAACAGUUGUAACUUUUACGUUAAGGACAAUGAUCUUUUAAAAUGUACAAUUGAAAAUAAUACCUGUUCUGACACAAAUUCACUCUCUUCUGUGUAUGACACGUAUCAGUUCUGGCUGCUAGUUGUGUUGCUUUUAAUACCAGGGUCAUCAGCUGCAGCUUGUAUGUCUUUGGCAGAUGCUGCUUGUUGUGAAACUUUAGGGGCCAAAAGAGAACUGUACGGAAAGCAAAGAUUAUGGGGCACUAUUAGCUGGGGUGCCUUUUGCGCACUUACAGGAUUUCUGAAUGAUACAUUCAGCACUGAUAAAAAGAAUUUCUCGCCCGGGUUUUAUUUGAUGUUUGUUCUUCUAGUUAUUGAUGCCAUACUGAUUGUAAACAUCGAGUUAACAAAGUCAAAACUUUCUUCAAACGUUUGCAAAGAUAUACGUUCAAUUAUAAAAUCCUCAGAAAUAAUGACUUUCGCUUCUGGUGUGUUUGUUAUUGGGAUUCUAACUUCAAUCGUGGCAACUUAUGAGUUUUGGUUUCUAGAAGACAUGGGUGCGAGUCAAAGUUUACUAGGACUAGCGGUCGCGAUGCAGUGCUUAGUUGGAGAAGUUCCUCUUCUUUUCUCCUCUGGUUGGUUUAUUAAGAAGUUGGGCUACUUUCCGUGCAUUGUAAUUUCAUUUUCUGGCUUUGCUUUGAGGCUUGGUUUGUAUUCCGUUAUAAAAAAUCCAUGGCUUGUCUUACCAAUUGAUGCUUUGCAUGGUUUCACUUUUGCCAUAUUCCAUGCGACACUGACUUUCUUUGCCUCGGCGAAAGCUCCUGCUGGACUUGAAGCCACAGUGUUGGGAUUCUUAGGUGGACUUAGCGAUGGGUUAGGUAAUGGAACUGGCAGCUUCUUGGGUGGAUUGGGUUUCAAAAUGCUAGGAAGUCGAUUAACGUUUUUCUCUGCUAGUGUAAUAAGCUUGAGCUGCAUCCCAGUUUUCCUCAUCGCACCAAGGAUUUUAAAGAAGGUGUCGACGAAAGAAUACGUCACGUCUCAAGAUGAAAAUGCUGAUGAAACACAUGACUUGAAACAUGUUACUUAAAAUUAGUGAUGUAUAGUUUUGUUUCAAUUGACAGUGUUGUUAUUAAUUUUUUUAUUUAAUUCAUCAAGUAUUAUAGCAAAAAUUGAGCCUAAUGAUACGAAGUUGUAUCUGUUCAAACGCAUUUAGUUUAAUGUUCCAUUCCUAAUGACAUCCUGUCUUCGUAACGUAUGGGACUUAACGUAUGGGACUUCUUGGGUGGAUUAUGUUUCAAAAUGCUAGGAAGUCGAUUAACGUUUUUCUCUGCUAUUGUAAUAAGCAUGAGCUCAUCCCAGUUUUCCUCAUCGCACCAAGGAUUUUAAAGAAGGUGUCGACGAAAGAAUACGUCUCGUCUCAAGAUGAAUAUGCUGAUGAAACACAUGACUUGAAACAUGUUACUUAAAAUUAGUGAUGUAUAGUUUUGUUUCAAUUGACAGUGUUAUUAUUAAUUUUUUUAUUUAAUUCAUCAAGCAUUAUAUCAAAAAUUGAGCCUAAUAAUACGAAGUUGUAUCUGUUCAAACGCAUUUAGUUUAAUGUUCCAUUCCUAAUGACAUCCUGUCUUCGUAACGUAUGUUUUAUUGCUAGUUGCAACUACACUAUUUGCAACAGAAAAAUAAUGAAUGAUUAAGAACAACUUCAUGUUUGUGCUAAAGUAAAGUCUUUGAAAUCUAGGGUUUUGACUGUCAUUUAACAAAUUUUAAAAAAAGUUUUUUUUUUUGGUAGAAAAUAACUAAUUUCUCUAUCGUAACUUUAAACACGCUCCGAAGAAUCUCAAAGAUUAACAUAUCAAAAUAAACUUCAACCUCAAAAUAAAACCCCAAAAAAAAGAUUCACUUUUUUUUUCAUUGACGAAUCUCAAAGGCCAAAGAUCUGACGAAUCACGAAUCUCAAAGGUCGAAUAUCUGAACAAAAAUACAUAAGUUAAACCAAGAUAAUAUUAAUUGACCAAGGUAAUUUUUAGUUGCAAAUUUUCGGUUUUAAAGUUAAAAAUUUAAAUUUUAUUUUUGCGACGUCCGAUAUUGGUGUGCAAUGCAGUUAGCUAAUAAGCUCUAAAAGAUAAAUUGAACUGGGGAAUCGUGGAAAAUGAUUCGUUUCAAGAAAAAAUCAGGAUUUAAAGUCGGAUUAGACUCUAAUAAGAUGAAUAUAAAUCAAACAAAAACAAAUUAAUGAAAUAAAUCAAAAUAACAGUUUUAGAGUUUUACAUAGCGAAAACAUUCAGAAUUUUCCUAGUCCUUAAAAUUUCCCUUAUGGCAUCAUGAUAGAAACUACCUUUCAUCUACAAUUUGAAAUGCUGUAUGAGUAUUAGGUACAUCCAAAACGUUUUUCUG